AUGGCGGACGAAUUAGACCUCAGUGAACUAGACAGAGUACGGAUUUCCGCAUCGGAACUUCGAGUUGAAGCGUCGAGUUUCUUCAACCACGGCGAUAGUCACAGAGGUGAGAACGAUCAACGAAAGUGCCGAAUACACUAAGAAAGAGUACGCAAAAUGAGCAACUCAAAGUAUAAAGUGCCACGAAAUUAAGUGACUAACGUUAGCUUGCUAGCUAAUGGUAGCUUGGCUCAUCAUGUGGUCGUUUGUUUCCAAGUCGAUGUGCAGGGGUACGAGGGAAUUGAGGUAAAUGUGUACAUAUAGGUAGGGAUAAAGUGACAAGGCAACAGGAUAGAUAAUAAACAGUAACAGCAGCAUAUGUGAUGAGUCAAACGAGUUAGUGCAUAAAGGGUCAAUGCAGAUAGUCCGGGUAGUUAUUGGUUAACUAUUUAACUACCUAUUUAGCAGUCUUAUGGCUUAGGGGUAGAAGCUGUUAAGGGUCCUGUGUGGUUACAGACUUGGUGCAUUGGUACUGCUUGCUGUGCGGUAGCAGAGAAAACAGUCUAUGCCUUGGGUGGCUGGAGUCUUUGCAGCCAGUCAAGAUGAUCUCACUGGUGCAGCUGUAUAACUUUUUGAGGAUCUCAUAGCCCAUGCCAAACCUUUUCAGCCUUCUGAGGGGGAAGAGACAUUGUCGUGUCCUCUUUACGAUUGUGUUGGUGUGUGUGGACCAUGAUAGGGACUUGCUCGGCCCUCCGUUUCCUGUAGUCCAUGAUCAGCUGCUUUGUCUUGCUGACGUUGUGAAAUUAUGGUUGUUGUCUUGGCAACACAAUGCCAGGUCUCUGACCACCUCCCUGUAGGCUGUCUCAUCAUCGUCGGUGAUCAGGCCUACCACCUUCGUGUCGUCGGGAAACUUAAUGAUGGUGUUGGAGUCAUGCACGGCCCCGGCUCCAUAUUACCAUUUCAUAUGAUAUUAAAACAUUUUUUGGCCCUGCUGAUCUAAAGGACUGACAGCUGUUAUAAAAUGUUCAUAAAAUCAGUUUUGUUUAUAAAUUCAGUUAAAUGUUUUAAGCAACAGCAACUAGUUUCUUGUAUGUGCCAUAACGUCCACUUCACUUUCAUGCACAUCUCAAGUGUGGCAGCUGUGAUCAGCCAUCUGCUUCCAGCCAUCACUCACCUGCUUCUCUCCUUCCACUCUUCCUGCGCAUCUAUUCCUCCAUCAGUUUUUAAAAUAUAAUUUCAAAUAAAAUGCUUCUUGAGACCCCAUGAGCUCAUGUUGCGCAACAUUUCUAUAGGCUAUGCAAUUGCGUGAGAAAACAGAGUUUUGAUGGCCUCUAUUAAAAAGAGGAGGAUCCCAUCAGCUUUCUAUAGGCUAGGUCUACUAUAUUUAUUUCUCAACUUUCCUAAUAUUAAGCACAUUGCUUCGCUUACAACAGGAGUAUAGCCUACCUGGCUAGCAUGAACAUUAACCACGGAAAAGCAUCCUCCAUUCGCUAUUUAAGUGCAUAGAAGACAUGUAUUUUUUUCCCCUGCCCAGUGGCAGGUGCCUGAUAAUGGUCCAUUCUAAAUCAAAACAAUUUCACACAUAUUAUUUAGUAUAUGUAAAGAUUAAAUCAAAAAUAGUCUGCUGGGUGAGCAUAUUAGCCUAUCACUUGUGAAUGAUGCCCAGCGUGUGCAGUAAGACAAGAAACAACACAUGCCUUUUUUUGCGACUUUUUCAAAUCAUAGUCCCACACCUCGUAUACAGUUGAAGUCGGAAGUUUACAUACACCUUAGCCAAAUACAUUUAAACUCAGUUUUUCACAAUUCCUGACAUUUAAUCCUAGUAAAAAUUUGUUAGGAUCACCACUUUAUUUUAAGAAUGUGAAAUGUCAGAAUAAUAGUAGAGAGAAUGAUUUAUUUAAGCUUUUAUUUCUGCCACUCCCGUGCUUCACAGUUGGGAUGGUGUUCUUCGGCUUGCAAGUAGCCCCCUUUUUCCUCCAAACAUAACCAUGGUCAUUAUGGCCAAACAGUUCUAUUUUUGUUUCAUCAGACCAGAGGACAUUUCUCCAAAAAGUGCGAUCUUUGUCCCCAUGUGCAGUUGCAAACCGUAGUCUGGCUUUUUUAUGGCGGUUUUGGAGCAGUGGCUUCUUCCUUUCUGAGUGGCCUUUCAGGUUAUGUCGAUAUAGGACUUGUUUUACUGUGGAUAUAGAUACUUUUGUACCUGUUUCCUCCAGCAUCUUCACAAGGUCCUUUGCUGUUGUUCUUGGAUUGAUUUGCACUUUUCCCACCAAAGUACGUUCAUCUCCAGGAGACAGAACGCGUCUCCUUCCUGAGCGGUAUGAUGGCUGUGUGGUCCCAUGGUGUUUAUACAUGCGUACUAUUGUUUGUACAGAUGAACGUGGUACCUUCAGGCGUUUGGAAAUUGCUCCCAAGGAUGAACCAAACUUGUGGAGGUCUACAAAUUUUUUCCUGAGGUCUUGGCUGAUUUCUUUUGAUUUUCCCAGGAUUUCAAGCAAAGGGUCACUGAGUUUGAAGGUAGGCCUUGAAAUACAUCCACAGGUACACCUCCAAUUGACUCAAAUUAUGUCAAUUUGCCUAUCAGAAGCUUCUAAAGCCAUAACAUCAUUUUCUGGAAUUUUCCAAGCUGUUUAAAGGCACCGUCAACUUAGUGUAUGUAAACUUCUGACCCACUGGAAUUGUGAUACAGUGAAUUAUAAGUGCAGGCUAUCUCUACAGUAGAUUACAACUCCACCCCCUUUGGCAGUUCUAUCUAGACAGAAAAUGUUGUAGUUGGGGAUGGACAUUUCUGCAUUUUUGGUGGCCUUCCUAAGCCAGGAUUCAGACACUGCUAGAACAUCAGGGUUGGUGGAGUGUGCUAACGCAGUGAAUAACUCAAACUUAGGGAGGAGGCUUCUGAUGUUAACGUGCAAGAAACCAAGGCUUUUACGGUUACAGAAGUCAACAAAUGAUAAUGCCUGGGGAGUAGGAGUGAUGCUGGGGGCUACAGGGCCUGGGUUAACCUCUACAUCACCAGAGGAACAGAGGAGGACUAGAAUAAGGAUACGGCUAAAGGCUUUAAGAACUGGUCUUCUAGUGCGUUGGGUACAGAGAAUAAAAGGGGCAGAUUUCCGGGCGUUGUAAAAUAGAUUCAGGGCAUUAUGUACAGACAUGAGUACAGUGGAGGUAAACCUAAGUGCUGGGUAACGAUGAAAGAGAUAGCAUCACUGGAGGCACCGAUUGAGUCGGUCUCCGUGUGUAUGGGGGGUGGGACAAAGGAACUAUCUAAGGCAGGUUGAGCUGGACUGGGGGCUCUACAAUGAAAUAGUACAAUAAGAAAUAACCGAAACAGCAAUAAGCAAGGCAUAUUGACAUGGGAGAGAGGCAUAAGCAAUCACAGGUGUUAUUCGAGAGAGCUAAGACAACAGCUGGUAAUGGUGGCAAUGCUCCCUCACGACGCUAGGACAGCGGAGUCACUCACCACCUUCCGGAGACACCUGAAACCCCACCUCUUUAAGGAAUACCUGGGAUAGGAUAAAGUAAUCCUUCUACCCGCCCUUACCCCACCCCCCCCCCCAAAAAAAAACAAAAAACAUUGUAAAGUGGAUAUCCCACUGGCUAUAAGGUGAAUGCACCAAUGUGUAAGUGGCUCUGGAUAAGAGCGUCUGCUAAAUGACGUAAAUGUAAAUGUAAAGUUUGGGCUGAGGCUAAACAUAAACAUUUGUUUUUAUCACACUGCUUUGCUUUAUCUUGGCCAGGUCGCAGUUGUAAAUGAGAACUUGUUCUCAACUGGCUUACCUGGUUAAAUAAAGGUUAAUAAAAAAUAAAAAAGAUGCGGUACCGUAUAAAGGAACAGUCCAGCAGGCAUCAGCUGUAUAGCUGAGUUAUCAUAAGGUCCAGUGAACAGCAAUAGGAGAGUUCGGAGGUAGUUCGGGGGCUGCUACAGCACUGGCGAGCAAGAGGCACGGCUUGCGUGUGCUAGCGGGCCGGGGCUAGCAGAUGGAUCUUCGUGGUCGACAUUGUAACGGAAAGCCUGUUGAAACUACAUCAGACGAUUUCGUCGGCAGACCAGUCGUGUUGGAUUGGCGGGGCUCCGUGCCAACACUAGGAGGUCCCGUCCGGUUGACAGAGAGGUAGAUAGCCGGGAGAGGGGCCUGGCUCGAGGCUAGCUCAAGGCUAACUGGUGCUUGCUAAGGGGCAAUGGUAAUUAGCCAACGACAACAGCCAUUCGGUUGCCGCUAGGUAGUUGCGAUGAUCCGGCGUUAGGGUCCAUUGAUUCCGGCAGAAAAUCCGAUAUGCUCUUGGUCGAUAGCACGCUGUGCAGACUGGCUGACAAAUUGUCCAGGCUAGAGCUAGAGCUGGCUGGUGGGUAGUGCAGGCCACGGACAAUGGUGAAGACGCUAACGGUGGCUAAUAGCAAGUAGCUAGCUAGCUGGCUACCACAGCCAUUCGGUUGCAGCUAGACUAGUUUCAGCUUAAGGUUCUUGAUAAAAGUUAUAAAGAAAUAAUAGAUUCCUUUCCACGUUGGGUGAGGCAGGUUGCAGGAAAGUAUAUUUAGUUAAAGAAUGAAAUGUAAAUGAACAGCCCUCCUGUAGCUCAGUUGGUAGAGCAUGGCGCUUGCAACGCCAGGGUUGUGGGUUCGAUUCCCACGGGGGGCCACUAUGAAAAAUGUAUGCACUCACUAACUGUAAGUCGCUCUGGAUAAGAGCGUCUGCUAAAUGACUAAAAUGUAAAAUGUAAAAAAGUAAAAUUGAGAAAUAUAGACAAAAAACAAUAAAACUGGCUAUUUACACGAGGACACGACAGAAAACACGACCGCACUGCUAUGCCAUCUUGGAUAGACAUUUAUGAAUGAUGGAGGCCACUGUGUUCUUGGGGACCUUCAAUGCUGCAGACAGUUUUUGGUACCCUUCCCCAGAUCUUUGCCUCGACACAAUCCUGUCUCGGAGCUCUACGGACAAUUCCUUCGACCUCAUGGCUUGGUUUUCGCUCUGACAUGCACUGUCAACUGUGGGACCUUAUAUAGACAGGUAUGAGCCUUUCCAAAUCAUGUCCAAUAAAUUUCAUUUACCACAGGUGGAUUCCAAUCAAGUUGUAGAAACAUCUCAAGUAUGAUCAAUGGAAACAGGAUGCACCUGAGCUCAAUUUUGAGUCUCAUAGCAAAGGGUCUGAAUACUUUAUGUAAAUAAGGUAUUUCUGUUUUUUAUGUUUAAUACAUUUGCAAACAUUUCUACAAACCUGUUUUCGCUUUGUCAUUAUGGGGUAUUGUGUGUAGAUUGCUGAGGAUUUUUAUUUAUUUAAUCAAUUUUAGAAUAAGGCUGUAACGUAACAAAAUGUGGAAAAAGUCAAGGGGUCUGAAUACUUUCCGAAGGCACUGUAUUUGCUUGACAAUCACCAGCAGACAAAAUGUCAUGAACACCACAGCCCUAGCAGCGCCCAGAGCGAGCAAAGUUGAUACAUUAUAUAAUUUCAUUUUCUGGUAUAACCAAGAGCACAGGCCAGUCUGAGUAAGCUUUGCAAUUGCAAGUUCGCUGUCACGCAGCCUCUGAGUGCCAGAGAGAAAAUGGAGCACAGCUUCACGACAGGCAUGCUUGCAGCUUUACAGCAAAGAAAACGGCAUGUCUCUAGCUCAAAGGUCAGUGCUAUCCGGUUUCCUUCAGACGUCCCUACCCUAAAACCUUAACUCCUACCCUUACCCUAACCUUAACCAUAACCCUUAUCUAACCGUAACCAUUUUAAAUGUCGACUUCAAUGGGAUAGGGACGUCCCAAGGAUUCCGGAUAGCACGGACCCUAGCACAAAUGUAUAUAAUUUCACAAACCAUGGCCUUUAUUGGUUUGAUAACAAACAACGUUGUUCAGUCACGUUACCUAGCUAGCUGACAACCUGCUAACUUGACAGUAGGUCUAGGCAAAUUUGAAUGGCACAGCAAGACAGGAAAAGGGUCUGCUACUCAUGAGAUGUGCUUCAAAGGUGGGAUUCAUAUAGGCCUAAUGUAAGCCUAAACUAUCAAAAAUCGAUCUCUUUCUGGUGCUCCUUAAAUUCUGUUUGUUACUUAAUGUUUUAAAAGUUGGGAUCAGUGUGUGUUUGUGGGAGAGAGAGAGUGGGGCGGAAAGUAACCUAGCGGUUAAGAGCGUUGGGCCAGUAACUGAAAGGUUGCUGGUUCGAAAUCCCGAGCCGACUAGGGAUUUCGAACCAGCGACCUUUCAGUUACUGGCCCAACGCUCUUAACUGCUAGGUUACUUUCAGGAUACUCUUUGAAGAGGUAGGUUUUCAUUACAUUUCAUUUUAUAUUUCAGUCAUUUAGCAGACGCUCUUAUCCAAAGCGACUUACAGUUAGUGAAUGCAUACGUUUUUCUUUCUUUUUUUAUUUUUCAUACUGGCCCCCCGUGGGAAACGAACCCACAUCCCUGCCGGCCAAACCCUCCCCUACCUUGGACCAAUUGUGCGCCGCCCAUGGGUCUCCCGGUUGCGGCCGGCUGCGACAGAGCCUGGACUCGAACCAGGAUCUCUAGUGGCACAGCUAGCACUGCGAUGCAGUGCCUUAGACCACUGCGCCACCCUGUGUGCUGAGAGUUUCAGAUGUUUUCAGAAGAUGUUUACCAUCUACAGCAUUUCAUAAUAGUAUGCAGUUUGUUCGGCUUUGAUGCCUCAUGAUUUGAGCUUUGCUCUGUUCAAGUAGACUGAUCUGAUCUGGGUAUCAGUGGGCUGACUGAACGCUCUGAGAGACUCUGGGUUGAGGUCAGUGAUAAAGUCAUCUACAGGACUACUGCCAAGGGAUGAGCUGUAGGUGUACCUAUCAUAGGAGUCUCCUUGAAGCCUACCAUUUACUAUGUACAGACCCAGCGUGUGACAGAGCUGCAGGAGUUGUAACCUGUUUUUGUUGGUUGUUUUGUCAUAGUUGUGUCUAGGGGUGGCAUAUCUGGGAGGGAAUACCGUCACCUCCAGGUAGGUGUUUUCCCCCUGUGUGCUGAGAGUGCCAGGUUCUUGUCCAGUUCUGGCAUUUAGGUCACCACAGACUAGUACAUGUCCCUAGGCCUGGAAAUGAUUGAUCUCCCCCUCUAGGAUGGAGAAGUUGUCAUCAUUAAAGUAUAGGGAUACUAUUGGGGGAAUAUAAUGUAGGCAGCACACAGGAGGAAAUUUUUCUCUGUUGAGAUUAUUUCCUUAUUUAUUUCUAGCCAGAUGUAAAAUGCUCCUGUUUUAAUUAAUUUAAUAGAGUGGGUUAGGUCUGCUCUAUACCAAAUUAGCAUACCCCCUCAGUCUCUUCCCUGUUUCACACCUGGUAGUUUGAUGGAUGGGACUACCAGCUCUCUGUAAUCUAGAGGGCAACCACUGGGUCCGUCUCCUCUAUACCAUGUUUCUUGUAGGUGACAAUGUCUGUAUUUCCAAUUUCUUUGAUGAAGUCUGGGUUCCUGCUCUUUAGGCCAAAGGCAGAUGACCUCAGACCUUGUAUAUUCCAGGAUGAGUUACAGUAGGUGUGAGCAGAGCAUGUUGGGCAUCUGAUACAGACCUCUUAGGACGCAGGAUGGGGCUUGGGCGGGUGUAUUAGUGGGGGUUGGGCCUGUUGCUCUGCUCACGGCCUGGGUAUAUGUGUGGCUGUCAUGUUGGGGUCCUUGCUGCAGGGGGGUGGCAGAAGGGGCAUAGGCCUGAUCUGGGGGGGCCUAUAUAGGGUGUGGCCAGGGUUUGUUGGGGGGGGGGGUCCUCUUUGCGUGGGUCCUCUCAGUGCAGGUCCUUCGGGAGGGGGGCUCACAGGUCUGGGAGGGUGUCUCGCUGGUCUGGACGGGGUGUCCGUUGCUCUGUUGCUCCUAUGUGAGGAGUUGGGGCUGCGGUUGAUGGUGAUGUCCUUCAGGGUCCUGGCUAAUGUUCGGACUGCUGCCUUUGUAUAGGUGGACCUGGUCCUAAAGGCUGUUCAAGUCCAGGGUGGAGUGGUGGGCCAGGUAGACAUUAGGUUUUGAGGCACAGUCCCGGGAAAUGCUUGCAUUCACCCGCUCUAGAGUGGCAGGGUGAAAGUAUUUUCUUGGUAGCAUGGUGGAGAUGACCACUCAAGAGUUAGGGAAUGUGAAAGAAGCAUUUUCAAUCACUCCCUUGAGUGCUGUGGCCACCCUUUCCUUCUGGGCCCAUCGUUUGUGCCUGUGUGAAUUAUGAUGUCGCACAAUUUUGCAGGAGCACAAUCUCUGGCCUUUGUGUGUCCUCGGUGGAUAUGUGGCGGGUUGUCAAGAGGGCUGACAGUGGGGCUGUUAGGAGGGAAUAGGGUCUGUUGGGUUGUCUGUCCCGUUGUGGUCCGGGUCUGAGGUGGGCUGUUGUGCUGGCUUCUCUGGGGGAGUGUCAAAUCACAUUUUAUUUUGUCACAUGCUAAAUCAAUAUAGCAACCACCUUGUAGCUUUGGCCACACUAGCUGCAUACACACUGAUGGAUAGCUAACUCAUCUUUCCUAAAUCCUCAUUGAUGAGGCCACUCCGGUCCUGUGGAACCACUGGGUGUGCAGGUUUUUAUUCUAGCCCAUGACUAACACACCUCUUUUAAAUAAUCAGCCUGCACACCCACCCCUGUAUCCCUCCUGGACCGAAACCUGUUCUGACUCAGCUCGGCUUUUUGCUGCUUUGAUGAUGAUGAUGAUGAUGAUGUCAACCCCUUUUACACUGAACUUUACCCAGCAACACAUUUCUCCUUACUCCCUUAGUUACCCUAGCUACAACUUCUACCCAGAUCCUGGGGCAGCUGCUAGUGUGUGUCAGGUCCUUUUAGUUGUUGUUGAAAUAUGGGGUAUAGGUGCACUAUAUUAUCAGGCAGGCAUCAUGACGUACGCUAGCACUACAUCUCGAUGCGCUACUAUACUCUCAUUCUAUUCUCAAUCUCUAUCCUCUCUUCUAUAUCUCUUCUCUCUCUCUCUAUCUACUUCUCUCUGCUCGUCUUCUCUGUCUGUCUCUGUUGUAUAUGUUGUCUCUAUACAUUUGUCUGAGUCCAGAUGGAGCGGAGGAAAUAGAUGUCUGGUCGCUAGAUAGGGGGACGAAGAGAUGAGAGAGGAGAUGAGGAAAUAUAUUCUAUAGAAUAUAGUCUAUACUAGGGUAUAUAGGUAUCUAGAUAGAGAUAGAUAGGAUGAAUGACAGAGAGAGGGAUAUAUGGAUCCGAUAAGCAGUUACUGUAGUCUCUCUCUCUGUAUCUGUCGCUCGCUCUCUAUAUCGCUAUUCUCAUUCUUGCAGUAUUCUGUGGAUCUUCUGUAUAUGUCUCUGCUCUAUCUCCUCUCUGUAUCUGCUGUCUGUCUCUCUCUAUGUCUCCUCGCUCUCUAUCUCAUUCUCUCUCUCUGUCUCUCUCCUGUCUCUCUCUAUCUUUCUCUUCUGUCUCUCUCUUCUAUCUCUCUCUCUCUUCUCCUCUCUUCUCUUCGUUCUUCCUGUCUUCUCUUCUGUUUCUCUCUCUCUGUCUUCUUCUCUCUCUGUUCUUCUCUCUCUCUGUCUCUCUCUCUCUUGUCUCUCUCUCUCUGUCUCUCUCUGUCUUCUGUCUCUGUUUCUGUCUCUGUCUCUCUUCUGUCUCUGUCUCUCUCUCUGUCUCUCUCACCACCUCCUGCUCUCACCUUCUUAAACUGUCCUGCUGCGUGUUAGUUGAAGAGCCUGAUGAGUCAGUUUAGUUCAGUAGCCGACUGGGAAAUGAAUCACACAUAAGAUGGUGAGAUAGGAUGUGAUGUGCUCUGUGCAGGUGGACCUGUGUGUGUGUGUUAACUCUGCAGUGUUACUGUGUGUAGGACAGGACAGGACAAGUGUGUGUGUUCUGAGCAGCUGUAUGUCGUUGUCGUCGGACUGUCUCUCUACAGCUUUUUGGAACACUUUCAAGUUCAACGCUCACACCUUGUCAUCACUACUAAUAUAUAUCCUCUUCCUACAUUCACCCCUUAUCUCGUCGUACUAUCGAUCCUCUGUCCUACUAUGCGUCUAUAAUUAUCUAUGCGAUCCCGAUCGCAAUCUCUCUUCUAUCAUUAUCUAGACUCUCUCUCUCUCUUUCUCUUUCUCUAUCUAUCUCGAUCUCGAUCUCUCUCUUUCUCUCUCUCUCUCUCUCUUUCUCUAUCUUUCUCUAUCUAUCUCGAUCUCGAUCUCUCUCUUCUCUCUCUUUCUCUAUCUCUUUCCCCUCGCUCUUCCUUUUCUAUCCCCCCCUUCCCUCUCUCCCUGUCACAGAGGAGCAAGAAGAGGAGGGGAGUGGCGAACGCCCGCAGCAGCAUCACCACGGCAACGACGCAGCAAAACACCCCGAUCUGCAGUGCUACACGCCAGAGGCCAUCCACGGCAAAUGUCGCCAUGACAGCAAGGACAGCAACAUGGUGACCUCCCCUCAUCACCCUGGAGACCCUGUAACCAUGACCUCUGACCCUGAAGAGGAGCUGGUGAUGUCAUCGCCGCAGAAGGAGGAGGAAGAAGGGCACAAGAUGGCCGCCAUUGAGACGGUUUCAACUGAACCUGGAUGUACAGAUGGAGGGAUGGGGAAGGAAGGAGGGGAUAAAUGUGGAGGAGGGGGAAGUCAUGGUGGGGGAGGUUUUACUUUUAACCGGGAAGGCUCUCGAUCAUCUGCACAACAGAGGACUCAAAGAGGUGACCACCACACCACCAGAGCCGACAAUAACAACAGUAGCAGCAAUGGUAGCAGUGCAGGGGGGCAAUCGGGCUCAGGCGGCGGACCACAGAGCUCCAGGCAGAGGGAUGGAGGGAGAGAGAAGCACCACAGUGGGAGAGACCCAGACCUCCCGGAGCCAGCAGGGGGUUACCCUGGCUCUUCCAAGCCCACCAGGAAGACUCGUAAACCGGACCGGGAGAUCUAUCAGCCGGGGGGCCGGAGGAGCACCACCAGCACCCAGGGGAAGGAGGCGGAAGCGGGAAGAGAGACGAAGAAACCAGCCCCUACCCCUGGGUCUGGGUCUGGGUCUGUUAGACAGGAGGCUGUAGCCAGGAGAGAGCCAGCCCCACAAAGAGAGACUGGAGGAGAGAGAGGGGGAGGGAAAGAGAGAGAGGAGAAGGGACGAGAGGAGAAGGGCAGAAGGCAGGGGAGGAGAGAGACUGGCAAAGCAGCAGCAGUCUCAGUCCCUGGAGUGGAGAACCUGACUGGGAAGAUGAAGAAACUCAGUGUGACUGCCCCAGCUGGGAGUGAGGAGGAGGAGAAGAGAGGAGGAGGAGAGAAAGGAGAGGGCCAGGAAGUAGACAGGAGGAAGAAGGCUAGCAGUGAGGGAGGAGGAGCAGCAAAUGAAGGAGGUGAGAAGAAGAGCGAGAGGGGAAACCGCAGGAACAGAGGAGGAGGAGGGGGGGAGAAGGAGGGCAAUCAGAAUUCCAGGAGAAGAGGAAGAGGGGAAGGAGGAGUGGGGAAGGGUGAGCGAAGGAUGACUGAGAAAGAGAGAAAUAGGAGAGAGUUGGAGGGGGACAAAGAGAGGGAAGCGAACCGUCCUGCAGAUAGACAGCCAGCAAAAGGAAGAGAGACUCCGAGGGAUAGAGAGACGGAGAGGGACAACCAGAGAGGGAACAACAGACCCCGAGACGUAGACAGAGAGAGGGAUGGAGAGAUGGAGAGAAACAGAGAGAGGCCAGUGGAGGUGAGCGAGCGGUGCAGAGCCGACACUAACCCUGACAACAACAACAAUAACCACCCAUCAUCGUCCUCUAAACGUUACUCCAAGUCAGACAUCAGAAGACCCAGGAACCGCACCUACAGCACCAGCUCUGCCAGCAGUGGCACCAGUCUGGACGGACCUGGACAGGGACAGGGAGGGGGGCUGGGGGAGGACGGGGCCCGACAAGACCGCCUGGGGCGCAGGGAGCGAGAAGGAGGGGAGGGAGGAAGAGGUCAGUUCCAGAACAGGAGGAGAAACACUAGAGACUCCUCUACUGACUCACUGGAGGAGAGCAAGAUGGGAUGA